UACAUAUCCCCCUUCAGUGUUCUUCCAGACAUCGUGAAGGACGAGUCCAUCCGACUGCAGGAAUCAUGUUCCUUGUGAAAGGCCUGCUGGUCACGUGCGCUCUCGCUUCGAUGCGGAUGGCGGGCGCGGAGCUCACCGCUUCCAGAUGGCAGGAGGCUGUGAACUCCUUCUCCGUGGACCUGCUCAAGGAACUGGCGGGCGGACGGCCGGGGAACCUGGUCUUCUCGCCGGUCAGCGCGGCGACCGUGCUGGCGCUCCUGCUGCAGGGCGCUAAGGGCGACUCCUCGAGGCAGCUCAAGGCCGCGCUGAGACUCGGCAAGUGCGAGGCCAGGGAAGGUUACGGUCGCCUCUCCCGCUCCAUGCAGGAGGAGCGCGACACCACGGCGGUGCUGGAGGCGGCGAGCCGGGUGUUCGCGCGGCCCGGGCUGGACCUGAGCGCCGGCUUCCGGAGAGCGGCCACGCGCAACUUCGGCUCCGGGCUGGAGGAGGUGGACUUCUCCGGGGGCGACGGUCCGGAGGCCAUCAACUCCUGGGUCUCCCGGGCCACCCACGGUCGGAUUCCCAGCAUCGUUGGAGACGGUUUGUCCCCGGAUGUGGUACUGGUGCUGGCGAACGCGGUGUACUUUAAGAGCCCCUGGAGACACCCUUUCAGCAGGUCGAUGACAUCCAACGGCACCUUCAGCCGACUGGCCGGGUCGGAGGUCACGGCCCCGUUCAUGCAGCUCGGCAAGCUGCUGCAGGCUGGGGAGGACCCAAGUCGCGGCGUCAAGUGGGUCCGGCUGCCAUUCGUCGAUGGAGGUUUCCAGAUGAUCAUCGUUGUGCCCAACGAGAAACGUGGUUUGGCAAGAGUGCUGACAGAUUUGACACACGAAGAUGUGAAGAUGUUUACUCAAACUGGCGAUCUCAGAUUUGCCAGAGUGAAAGUCCCACGCUUCAAGAUAGACUCUAACAUCAAUUUGGUGCCUUCCCUGAGAGAACUCGGGGUGACGGACAUCUUCGAAGCGCAGCUCGCCGACCUGAGGGGAGUGUCUCCUUGCGGCGGCCUCGUGGUCUCCAGGGUCCUCCAGAAGGCCGACAUGGACGUGGACGAAGAAGGCGCCACCGCUUCGGCCGCCACCGUGGUGGAGAUGGAGCGGAAAAGCUCGAUUCCGCACUUCAACCCGAUAACUAUCGAGGCCGACCACCCUUUCCUGGCCUUGAUCGCCGACGAGAAAGGUUCGCCCAUCUUCGUCGCCGUCGUAGAAGACCCGUCAGCCUGAAGCUCCGGACACGGGGGAAGAACACAGAUGAUACCUUACCUACCAUUACUUGAUGUAAGCUUUUGGAUAUACGCGCCAUUGCUAAGCACAUGUAUGCAGGGGCGUAGCCAGGGAAGGGGGGGGUUAGGGGUUCAACCCCCCCCCCCCCCCUCCUUAGCAACGAAUCUUUAAUUAAUUUCUUAUUCAUCACUCAAACAAAUUUCAUUUUAAAAUUAAUAAAAUUUUUACCAUUAUAAUAUUUAAAUUUAAGUACCGAAAACUACUAAAAUAGCACUAUUUUACACCUUAAAAUCCAAAUUUUCCCGGGGGAGGACCCCCGGACCCCCCGCUUUAAUACGGGGGGGGGGGGCAUACUUUUUAACCACCCCCAUACACAAAUCCUGGCUACGCCACUGCAUGUAUGUCUGUAGAGGAAAACUAUAAAAAAAAAUUAAAAAGACAAAAAAACACAAAUCAAGCAAAAAAAUUUGCUGUUGUCAACAGGAUAUAAACACCACAUAAUAUUCCAUAACAGGAAUAUGGUCAAAAAACAAAGAAAAACAAAGAAAAAAUGGACUUGGAGAACUAAAAAAAAACACAAGUGAUGACAGCACAAAAAUAUUCAACCCAAAAAAAUUCAGCACAACAUUUGAAAAGAGACCAAAACAUGACAAAACGAAAAGACGAAACAAACACAAUAGUUAUCCAAAACAGAAAAGAACGAAAAAAAAAACACAAAUGAUGACAGCACAAAAAUAUUGAACACAAAAAAAAAAUUCACUACAACAGUUGAAACGAGACAAAAACACGACAAAACGAAUAGACGAAACAAACACAAUAGUUUUCCAAAACAGAAACAAGCGACGUUUCGGGAACUGCUAUCUGCUCCCGUCCUCAGGCAGAGACGCACAUGGAUCGAAAACACAGGUGCGACAGUUGUCAUACAGACAUGCAUGUGCUUAGCAAUGGCGCAUGUCCAAAAGCUGACAUCAAGUCAUGCACUCCCAUUGCACAAAUCAUUCAAAGAUGAUACCUACCAUUGUAAAAUUGCACUGCGAUCGCUCAGCUAAUUCCUAUGAACCUUCCCAUGUUAAUAAAGAAGAGAGUUUGUCGGUCUGUCUGUCUAUUUGUCUAUCUUUAGUUGGCGUAAGGCGUUGAGACAUGGAGAAAGAAUUAAAAAUGAUAUCAUUGUAAAAAAUGUACUGCGAUUGCUUUAACUGAUUCCUGUGAACCUUCCCGUGUUAAUAAAGAAGAGUUGGUCUGUC